AUGCAAACGCAUCCACGAGAAGACGCCACCGUAACCGUACUCCACCACCAACUUAUGAAGUACCAUCAAUCCCAAAUGAAUCGCCGUGAACCCACUGCUGAUCAAAGAGAUAAUGCGACAUACUCAUCUUCAUCUGAGUUGGCAAAUAUUACCUCAGCCCUUAAUAUAUCUGCAUCACGAAAUGACAGUGAUUUUAGUAUGUCCGAUGUUGGAGGUAGUCAGCCACCCUCUUAUAUGGAAUCUAUAAAUGAGGAAAGUUAG